UGUCCGUACAAACUUGUGCGAACGUAUACGAAUAGGAACGAGACUCUAAACAGACUAAAAGAAAAUAAUUGGUAUAAUUAAAUAUAAAAUUUAAAUAAACAAAUUAACAUGGCGGAAAAAAGCUCCUCUCAAGUCCGUUUUGCAGAAAAUAUAGAUUUAGCCACUAUUGAACAAGUUAGAGACAUAGAAAAAGAGAUAAGUACAUUAUUUCCACUAGUUGGGGAGUUAGAGUGCGUUGAGUCGUUGCUUCAUGAUUAUGCUUCUGAUGAUCAAGUAUAUCAAAACAAACUAAAGGAUCUUUUUCAUCGUUAUUCUCACCUACGCAGAACCCGAGGUGACGGAAAUUGCUUUUAUAGAGCCUUUGGUUUCAAGACUCUUGAAGCUUGUUUGGUUGAUUCUGAGCUUUUAGAAAGAUUAUGUGAUGUUGCUACAUCCACUAAAAAUAAAUUAGUUGCACUGGGUUACUCAUCUUAUACAGUAGAGGAUUUUCAUGAAACGUUUAUGGAUGUUCUCGAAAUUGCUAAAAAAGAAAAAAAUCUUCAAGAAAUAAUCAAGGUGUAUAAUGAGCAGGGGUAUUCUGAUUACUUUGUUGUGUUUUUGCGAUUGAUGGUUUCCUGUUAUCUACAAGAAAAUGAAGAGUUCUACUCUGCAUUUAUAGAGGGUCAUACUAAUAUGAAAGAUUUUUGUAGUCAAGAAGUUGAACCCAUGGCAAAAGAAAGCGAUCAUAUACACAUAAUAGCACUUACAAAUAUUCUAAAAACAACAGUUCAAGUUGAAUAUAUGGAUAGAGGCGGUCACAAAGACUCGGUCAACCAUCAUAAUUUUCCAGAUGAUGGUUCGAAGCCCGCUAUAUAUCUAUUGUAUAGACCAGGACAUUACGAUAUUUUAUACCCACGAGGGGAAACAUAAAUACUGUUAUAUAUUUUUGUUUAUAUAUAUAUAUAUAUAUAUAUUUA